AUGAAGAAAUUGCAAAGUGCACAAAGUUAUGUUUACAGCACUGUGGACAAGCUCUGUCCAGUGAUAGAGGCCUUAGCACAAAAAGAUGAUGAGUAUUGAUAACAAGGAAGCUGUAGAGGUGGUCGCUGUGGACUUGAGCAAAGCGUUUGACGCCAUAAACCACAGCCUUCUGCUCGCGAAGUUGAAGGCCUAUGGCUUUUCUCCACAUGCCUUGGAACUGAUGUCCACCUACCUGCUAGGUCGUCAACAAUGUGUUAGAUUAGAAGGCGUAUGCUCUAACUUCCAAACAGUUAAAUCUGGCGUUCCUCAAGGUUCACUAUUGGGGCCGUUGCUGUUCAACAUGUUCAUUAAUGACUUGAAUUCCUGUGUUCCUAAUGUCUGAUUGCAGCUGUACGCUGAUCACACGACUACCUACCUGUCAGAUGUAUCUCCCACCAUACUAGAAUUUUCCUUCAACAAAGAUCUUUCCUUCAACAAAGGUUUUAUACACGUUCGUAUUUUGAACGCGUUUUUCACCUCUUUGAUGUAACGUGUUAAAAUAAAUGAUUGAUUUAUUGAUUGAUUGAUUGGGAAGAAUGGGGAUUAAAGGAGUUAGUGGAAAAUCUACGCAAGUACACUGACAGAAACCCCUUACCUGAGGUGGCUACUCAAUCAAGAUGUCACGAAACCGUUGGGGAAUCAAGGAAAUAA